UCUCUUCCGGACAUGCGCAGUAGGUACGCAGCGGCGGUCACUGGGUGAAGAAAUGAUGGCGGCCGCUCGCUGCUCCUCACGCUGGAUCACGGUGUUCGUGUCCUCUGGCCGCGGCCGGGUCGCCGGAGCCGCAGUGGGCGCCGGUCAUGGAGGAGUCCGCGGUGUUUCCUCCGUGGCUGCGGAUAAACUGUGGCGGGGAGGCGGCACGGUGUGCGGCGCUGCAGGGAAAGCGUUGACAUUGAGAGGGCUGUCAGGUCUCAAAUCGUCCCAUGCAGUUGGCACACACGACUUUCACACAAGUGCCCCUGCACGCAGCAAGCAGGACUUCUACCAGAUCCUUGGGGUUCCCCGCACAUCAUCCCAGAAAGAGAUCAAGAAAGCCUACUACCAGAUGGCCAAAAAGUACCACCCUGACACCAACAAAGAUGACCCACAAGCCAAGGAAAAAUUUGCUCAGCUGGCCGAAGCUUAUGAGAUCCUCAGUGAUGAAACAAAGAGGAAGCAGUACGACGCGUAUGGCUCAACGGGCUUUGAUGCUGGUCAGGCUGGUGGAGGGCAUCACUACUGGACUGGACAGACCAGCAGCGUGGAUCCAGAGGAGCUCUUCCGCAAGAUCUUUGGGGAAUUAUCUGGAGGACGAGGGUUUGGUGACUUCAAUGCCAUGUUCGAUCAGCCACAGGAGUACAUCAUGGAGCUGACCUUCACUCAGGCAGCAAAGGGAGUCAACAAAGAGAUAUCCGUUCAAAUCGACGCAGCCUGUCAGCGCUGUGACGGUAAGGGCCACGAACCAGGCACCAAGGUCCAGCACUGCCACCACUGCAAUGGGUCCGGCAUGGAGACGGUGAAUACAGGUCCGUUUGUGAUGCGCUCCACAUGUCGACGCUGUGGCGGCAAAGGCACAGUCAUUUCCACUCCCUGUCAUUCCUGCCGGGGGGCGGGACAGACCAAGCAGAAGCAGACUGUGACGGUUCCUGUGCCUGCAGGAGUGGAGAAUGGCCAGACAGUCAGAAUGCCAGUUGGUAAGAAGGAGAUCUUCAUCACGUUUAAGGUCCAAAAAAGUCCAGUGUUCAGGAGGGACGGUGCAGACCUCCACUCCGACCUUUAUGUCUCUGUGGCACAAGCUGUUUUGGGCGGCACGGCCAGAACCCAGGGCCUGUAUGAAACGCUCAACUUAUCAAUCCCUGCAGGAAUCCAGACAGACCAGAGGAUCCGACUUGGAGGGAAGGGAAUCGCCCGUGUCAGCGGCUACGGCUAUGGUGACCACUACGUCCAUGUCAAAAUAAAAGUACCCAAGACACUGACAGACAGACAGCGAUCUCUGCUAAUGAGCUAUGCUGAGGACGAGACAGAGGUGGAGGGGACGGUGAACGGAGUCACUAACACCACUACAGGUAAAAGAUCCUGGAAUUGAGAGACUCCACCUGCAUGUCAGCGGGCAGAGAGGAGGACCACAGUGUAAAGCAAAGACAGACGCAUCAUAGAAAAGGGGACAGAGGGUUGAGAAGCAGUGGAUGGUGGAUGAGGACUAUAAGGGUUCUGGAUGGAUCAGUAAAGACCUACCUAUCACACCCUGCAGUGGAUAAAGAAGAGAAUUACCUCCCCUUCUCAUCUGCCCGAGGUGAUCCUCCCACGAGGGGAUGAAGCAGUCACUCACCUCCCUGUCCAAUGUCCAUGGAGGCUGCUUCGAUUGCAAAGACUGUUCAGUUAUAAUGUGAGUCAGCUGAUUGCCACAAGAAAAAAAUUACGAUGGUGGUUACAGAAUCUAUGUGCACCAAAAAAAUAUGAUUGCAAAUACAAAUAUUUAAUUUUUUUUAUUUGGGAUUAAAUUGCCCCGAUGCCUUUGUCCAUCUGUGUUGUCACAUUUCUCCUUUCAUUCUCAGCACUUUCACACAUUACAGGUGGAACGUUGUCAGACUACAUGUUUACUUCUGUGUUUAAGUGUUGGACAGCGUGGUAGUGUCUCCACUGGUUAUUUUGCUCUCUCUCUCUCUCUUUCUGAUGGAGGAUUGAAAAAUGGAAAUGUUACUUUCCUGACACUUGCCCUGAUCUAUAGCUCCUCUAACUCCUGCCUCACUCGGGAGUUUUCAACUGUAAUUACAUUUAUGCAUAGACAGUUAGAGAUCAUACAACAAUGUGUUAUAUAGAAGAGAUAUACUGUACAGCUGUAAUAAAGCUAUGGUCUGGAUAAAUGCCUGUUUUCUGUUAAUCUCUUAAAAAACAAUUAGAUCUGUUAAGACAUUAUAUUAAUCAUAUUUGUACAGAUAUGGUUCAACCUCAUUCAUAUACAACACAACUAAAGUGUCUCCAAAGUCUGAGCAUUACAAACAACACUGAGAAUUGCUUUUUGCAGGGAGAUUGUCAGAUUACAUUGCUUUGCACAUGUGCACCUAAUAAACCUGUAUUUUUAUUUUUGAAUAAAUGUAAUAUUAUCCUC